CGGAGCCCCAGGACCCCCACAGGGCUCUCGGCCUCAGUUGGUGGGUCUUGGCGCCGAUCGCAGCCGACCCCGGUAUCGUCCCGUCCCUGUGACCGUCUCCCCCUCCCCAGAGCUGGGAGAGCAGGAAGGGGAACCCUCAGCCCCUCCCUGCGGACGGAGGGGGAAGGGCUGUGGUUUGAGCUAGGAGCCAUGGGCAGAAAGCGGCUUAUCACCGACUCCUUCCAGGUGGUGAAGAGGCAGCGGCAGGACCCUGACACCAAGAAGGGGAGCUUACAGCCAGAGGUGGUGCCGGUCCCAGAUGAUGCCCCCCCAGGCGGCUCCCUGCACCCGGCCCCGUUGGAGAUGCUCAAACAGUUCGACCUCAGCUGGGAGUAUGGACCCUGCACUGGGAUCACCCGGCUGCAGCGCUGGGAGCGGGCCAAGUCCCUGGGGCUGAGCCCCCCUCUCACGGUGCGGGAGACACUGCUGGAGCGUGAGGGAGACCCCAGCUUCAUGCACUGCCUCUGGCAUGACUACCCACUCUGAGAUGAGGCAUGGCUGGCCCCGCCAUACAGCAAGGAAGGGAGAAUCAUGCUGCCGCCCGGACCCAGCAUUUACUCUGGUUCCUGAUUGGAAAAUAGCUCUGUGCUUGUAUUAAGAAGGGGGGGGGGUGUUCCCCUGGCAAUUGGGGUAUGGAGUGCCCAGGGCCCACAUUGGAUGGGCAAGCUCAAGUCCUGGCAACCCUAGACCAAGCUGUGCUCUGUCCCAUCAGCUGCUGAGGUCCAUAUCCCAGAUUAAAGGGCCUGUUUGAGAA